UCUCUCUCUCUCUCCGACAAUCCAAUUCGAGAGAGAGAGAGAGAGAGAGAGGGAAGAUUCAUUCAACCAUUCACACUCACGGUGACCUGUUUGUAGUUCUAGUGAGAGAGAGAGAGAGAAGAGAGAGAAUAGCACAACAGAAACCCCCAAAAAGCAAUGGCGAGUUUUAGGGUUUUGUGAACAGAGUGCGAUGGAAAUGCCUGCCAGAAGAUCCAACUACUCGCUUCUCAGCCAAAUUCCCGACGACCAGUUUUCCGGCUCCAUCGGUCCUCCGCCUCCCUCCUCCUCCGGCGACGGUAAAACCGGCCGACCAGGCAAGUUGGACCGAGCCUUCGAUUGGGACCUCGUCGCCGAUCACAGAGCGGCUCAGCAGGGGAACAAUCGGAUCGGAAACUUGUACUCUUCGAUCGGCUUGCAGAGGCAGUCCAGCGGGAGCAGCUAUGGCGAAAGCUCGCUCUCCGGCGGCGGCGAGUACUACGCUCCGACGCUGUCCACGGCGGCUGCGAGCGAGGUCGAUGCCUUCGGAUACCUGCAUGACGAGGGAUUCAAGAUUAGCGAGGUGAGGAGCAAGUUUUCCGAGGCUCCGCCGAGGACUGCCAGCUCCUCCGGGAAAAGCUGGGCACAGCAGACGGAGGAGAGUUACCAGUUGCAGCUGGCGCUGGCGCUGAGGCUCUCGUCGGACGCCACGUGCGCUGAUGAUCCUAAUUUCCUGGAUCCGUUGCCGGACGAUUCCGCUCUGAGGCGGUCGUCCACGGCGGAGGCGGUUUCCCAUAGAUUCUGGGUGAAUGGCUGCGUAUCAUACUCCGAUAAAAUUCCAGAUGGCUUUUACCUAAUUCAUGGGAUGGAUUCCUAUGUCUGGACAGUUUGCACUGAUCUGCAGGAAAGUGGCCGAAUUCCAUCAGUUGACAUACUAAAGUCUGUGAAUCCAUGCAUAGUUUCGUCACUCGAAGUAGUUUUGGUGGAUCGAUGCAGUGACCCCAGCUUAAGAGAACUUCAAAAUAGAGUUCAUGGCAUUUCUUGUAGCAGCAUAACACCAACAGAUGUUGUAGAUCAUCUUUCCAAGCUGGUUUGCAACCGAAUGGGGGGUUCAGCUUCUGUUGGGGAAGAUGACUUUGUCUCCAUCUGGAGGGAUUGCAGUAAUGAUCUGAAAGAUUGCUUAGGAUCUGUUGUUAUUCCUAUAGGUAGUCUAUCUCUUGGCCUCUGCAGGCAUCGUGCUAUAUUAUUCAAAGUACUAGCUGAUGCCAUUGAUUUACCUUGUCGAAUUGCAAAGGGAUGUAAAUAUUGCAAGAGGGAUGAUGCAACAUCUUGUGUUGUUCGAUUUGGGCUUGAGAGGGAAUAUCUUGUUGAUUUAAUUGGAAAGCCAGGAAACUUAUCCGAGCCUGAUUCCUUGCUCAAUGGUCCAUCUUCCAUCUCAUUUUCUUCACCCUUGCGCUUUCCACGACUUAAACCAGCUGAACCUACCAUUGAUUUCAGGUCACUGGCCAAACAGUAUUUCUCGGAUUGUAUGUCUCUUGAGCUUGUCUUUGACAACAGUUCUGCAGAACUGUUUGAUGGGAAGUGCAAAGACAGGAUUAACCCUAGGCCAAUUUCUACCGACAGCAAUAGAGUUUCUCACCUUCCUCUGCAUCCCCAAGAUUCUCAUUCAAGCACACAAGAUCAAGGUUCUGAAGCAUAUGUAUCAUGUAACCCUCCUCAGAACAUUGGAGACAUGACAACUGUGGGAAAGUAUCCACCACCAAUAAAGCAUAAGCGUCCUGUUGGUAUACAAACCCCAUUAGCACUUACAAGUUCCAAUGACGACAUUAUUGAGGGCAGGAGGUUUGUUGAAGGAAGUCAACUGAUUCCUAACAAAUCUACGCGAGAGCUUGCCCUUGACAUGGAGGAUUUGGACAUACCAUGGAGUGAUCUUAUUUUAAGAGAGAAAAUAGGGUCAGGUUCUUUUGGAACUGUACAUCGUGCUGAGUGGAAUGGCUCGGAUGUUGCUGUGAAAAUUUUGAUGGAACAAGAUUUUCAUGCCGAACGCUUCAAGGAAUUCUUGAGGGAGGUUGCAAUAAUGAAACGUUUGCGGCAUCCAAAUAUUGUAUUGUUUAUGGGGGCAGUCACUCAGCCUCCUAACUUAUCAAUUGUCACGGAAUACUUAUCAAGGGGUAGCUUAUAUAGGUUGUUGCAUAGAUCUGGUGCCAAAGAGGGGUUGGAUGAGAGGCGUAGGCUUGGUAUGGCUUAUGAUGUGGCAAAGGGGAUGAAUUAUCUUCAUAAACGCAAUCCCCCCAUUGUCCAUAGAGAUCUAAAAUCUCCAAACCUUCUCGUUGACAAGAAAUAUACGGUGAAGGUUUGUGAUUUUGGGCUUUCACGUCUGAAGGCCAAUACAUUUCUCUCGUCCAAGUCAGCUGCUGGGACUCCUGAGUGGAUGGCUCCAGAAGUUCUGCGUGAUGAGCCAUCAAAUGAGAAGUCUGAUGUGUACAGCUUUGGUGUAAUCUUAUGGGAGCUUGCAACGUUGCAACAGCCAUGGAUUAAUUUAAAUCCAGCACAGGUUGUGGCUGCUGUUGGAUUUAAGGGAAAAAGGCUUGAGAUCCCACAUGAUAUAAAUCCCCAAGUUGCUGCAUUAAUUGAUGCUUGCUGGGCCAAUGAGCCCUGGAAACGCCCUUCUUUUGCAAAUAUUAUGGAUUCUUUGAGGUCAUUGCUCAAACCCCCUACACCUCAACCUGGUCGUCCAAACAUGCCACUGUGAGACCUGAAUGGCUGGAACACCAAGUUGUUAUUCAUGCACAUAUGACAGGAUUUUAUUGGUCUUGAUGUCUAACAGGAUUACACUGUUUUAGUUGCACUAGGUACGUGCCAAAUUCCAUAAUAGUCUUCUUGCCAGCACUAGAUCUAGCUUGGGCGUAGUAUUUCUCACUUUUUUUUUUGUCUUUUAUUUUCUAGCGGAGAUUUGAUCUUCGCAUUAUUAUAACUGGAGGUUGGAACGUACCCAAGCUUUGGUUAAAAUAAGUUAUAAUCUGCUUGAAUCGCAGUUACAACUCAGUAAAAGCUUUAAUGUGUUACAUGUUUUCAUUAUUGUGUCCCUGAUGAUUGUGGCUUAUUGCAUAUCUAUCCUCUUUUGGUCAAACUAAUGCUGCUUCAUGUUUUUUGGCUGCAGAGUCAAUUGUAUAUUUCUUUAAUUCAGGUUUAAGAAUACUGAUUUCCGACGCAGAGCAAGGAUACUUCAUCUUUGUUGUUCCAACAAAAUUGUUUGAUUAGGCGAUCUUGUAAUUUCACCAAGAAAUGUUUUAUUUUUCUUUCAUAAUUUUGUAUGUAAAAAUCAUUCCCAUUGUAAUUACAUUCAGUAAAUGAUAAGCAGCUUUACCGGCGGUGUACAUCCUGUAUUUUUCUGCCUGCUUGGAUUCGUUGAUUCCAUUAGUCAAUUGAGUUUCACGGUGACGCUUUCAUUCGCUGCCUUUUAGAGAUUGUUUACAUCUGAAUCAACCAUUCCAUAAUUGAUAAAAUCCCUUCAAACCAAAUGGUCCCCCCCCCCCCCCCAACAUCUGACAUUUGUUUUUAGAUAAAAGGCUAAAAGCUAUUUUGUUGACACUACAAAGUACUCCCAAUUAACGGUUGUCAUUUUAUAAUAUUGAAAUUAAAUCCCCAUAUAGUGUAAUAAUUUUAAAUAAAAUUCAUUUUACACUAAAGUGAUGCAUAAAGAAAAUAUUUGCUAAUAUGCAGCUAAUGUUUAUUUCAUUUUUCGUUAGGUACAUGAGAUGGACGAAGCCCAAACAACUUAAACAGUAGGGGGUGGGGAAUAGAAUAUAGAUCAGUUGAACAGCUUGAAGCAAAAGAUCAGCAAUGGAAGGGUAGGCAUAGACACUCACGUGCUUGUUCUCAAAUCCGACACUGAUUACCCAUCCCUUGAGUGACUUAUUCGAAAUAUUAUGAACAUAUAAAAAAAAAAAAACGAUUUUCAAAUUUUUUUUAAAAAAAAAGUCAAAGUGAUAGAUACACCGGAGAUAAAAUAUUGAUGAAAAAGUACAACAUUUGGCCUAGAGUUACUUUUUAAAUGUUUUGUUGUUGAUAUAACUAUCAAAAUACGUUAACUCAGUUCACCCAAGUUGGCUUAUAACAGAUCGAGUUCAAUAGUGAAUCAACUUAACAUAACUCACUUUUGAAUUGAGCUAUAAAAAUGCUAACUCGGUUUAAUUCAUCAACCCAGCACCAAGUAAUAAUAAUAAUAAAUGAUUGAAAUAGAGAUUUAAACACAAUAGACUAAUUUGAUUUGGAUAAAUAUCUUAAUCUUUUAGAGUUAUAUUGAUAAUAAAAUAGUAAUUUAAAUUAAAAUUCACAAGUUGACUUAGCGUAGGCUGACCAGUAUAACAGGUGAGUUAGGUGAGCUGAGUAAAAAUAAAAUUCGAGUACAAACUCAUGCAUCUAAAACUCACCGCAUACUGAAUUAACUCACUACCUAUGACCCAGUUUGACAAUUAAAGUUGUUUGUAUUUUAAUCCACAACCUUCUUUACAUUGGAUUUGAACAAAUUCACAUUUAUGUAAAUCUUGCACGUUAACAAAAUUUUAAAAAAUCGACGCAGCAGCUAAAUACAGCAAAGAAUGUGGUGUGAUUUUAAAUUUUGCUCUACAGAAUGAGGAAUAUGUUGGAUCGAAUUUUCCAUUGGUAAAUCUUAAAUCCUGUUUGUAUUCUCGUUAGGAAUGUCAUUCAUCAAACGAACUUCUUUUUACUUUGAAAAAAAAAAAACCACGCAAUAGAGUUUUAAAAAUCAUAAAACGAUUUUUUUGUCGCUUAUAUUGUCAUUUUAUGUACUGAGAUACUUUAAUAAACUCUUCUCUAAAUUCUUCAAUCAGUUGAUGUAAGAUACUAAGAAAAAGGAAAAACCCACCCGCACAAGGAGUGUUACAAAAACAAAACAAAAAAUCUGCUUAACAGUACUUUAUGUCCAAAGAAUAAACCCUAAAAAAUCGCUACUUUCUAAUUUAUUUUGUGACCAUAAUAAUUAUUUUCUAAUAAAUUAAAAUCUCUUAGGCCCACGAAAAUCCUCAGAAAAAGACAAGACAACUCAAAACCGAAAACGAAAAGCAAGUUUACUGGUUCGUGAUUGGAUGGCAUACUUACCUUGGCCACUAAGUAUUUAGACUUGGCCACAAGAGAAAACAGAACAAGUCACACUCAAUCUCGCGACAAACUAGAAAAUCCAACCCAACAGAACAGUUUGUGUGACAAAAAAUAUCUAAGCUCACACGUGGUCCCAAACAACCAUGAAAUUAACCAGCCCCAGUUGCAACUUGCAAACCAACCAACGUAACUGCCAGGAAACAACCUCAAAUCAAAGUCGGCACUUGAAGCACUCACUGUGCAACCCCAC